GCCAAAAUAAAGUAUUUCCUACAGAAUAUCAAAAGUCUUGGUGAAAGUUAAGUUCUUUAAUAUUGUAUUCUCAUAUAGAGAGCUUGUAGGGAUACCGAAAUUUAAGUUAAGCCUAUUCUAGCUGCUUCUGUGGUACACUGAUCGAAAAUACCGAUAACUGGCUGGUGCUGGAACUAUUUGGUUAACGACAUCAACGGUGCACAGAAAAGUUUCAAGAUGUCCGAGAAUCGUACUCCACGCAGCUCACGAGUUCGUCCCCGCGGCUCCAAUUCUCCGAAUUUGGGUGUGUCCCGCCGCGAAAAUUUGGCCUCGGACCGUGAGCGGAACGAGGUUGUUCGGCAAAUAAUCUACAACUACAGGCGUACAUGGACCCUUUUGAAGAAUAUGUCUCCUGCGGAGAGGAAGCCGCGCCUAGAAGGCUUUCUUCAAAUCACGCUUACAUCUCUCCGUCUAUUUAAGGAGAUAAACAAUGACUUUGAUUUUUUCGCUCCUGUAGAGGCUUCUGACGAGGAAAGCGAUGAAGAAACUGCCGAUGCCCAGGGACCCGCUGGCGGUACUGGGGAUCCAAUGAACAAUAGAGGAAAUGCAGCUCGUCGUCGUCAAAAUUUAGGAGAUACGCUGGUUAUUUCUGAUCCAGAAGUGUCCAGUUCCACUUCCUAAAGAGUGUUCUUUAGGUGGGGGACAUUUUGCGAAUUCAGAUGUCCCUUUAAAACACACAGAAUUAUGCAUUCGUAGUAACAAAACAUACACCUACAUAACACCUAAGUGUUCCCGAAGAUUUGAAAAGUUUAGCUUUAACAGACACCGGAUGAUGGAUAUUCAGUAUCAGAGAUAUCCAUCAACUAUCCACGUACUUAACACGUACUUUACAGUAAGUUUGAGAGACGCAUAGAUGUAAUGCAGUAAUAUUUAAAUAUUCUGAGCAGAGAAACAAAACACAAACCUGAACGUAAUAAAAAUUGUAAUCAUCCCCAUUGUAA